AUGGUACUCCUGAAUCUCUGGCUACCAUUGCUGGCCACCCUGUGGCUGCUUAGCCUUUCUCUCCCCACUCUGUGGGGCCAGGUAUUAAUCAGCUGUGCCUACAAGAGUCUCUGCCAGCGGGCCCGACUCUUGGGCAACGAUGUUGUCCUUCACUGUGACCGUCCCAAGGCACUCUGGUACUUCUCUUCCAUUCUGGGGGAGGAUCCCUUGCUGCUGUCCUCAAUGCCUAACGUAAAGAAACUGCCUCAGGGCAGCAUCCAAUUGACCAACCCUCAGCCCUCCCAGACAGGCCUCUAUCACUGCCAGGACAAUGACAGUGCUCUCGUGGUGGAGUAUGAGAUUGACUUCCAAGAUGAGCAUAUUACGCACAAAGGCCUCCGCCAAAAGCCCCUGAAGAAUGAGACCCGGAGGCUGGGUGGCAAUGUACUCAUCUUCACCCACUGGGAGCCCUGGCAGGACUGUAACCGCUGUGGGGAGCCAGGUGAGCGCAAACGCCUGGGGUACUGCUACAUCCAGGAGCCCCUGGAAAAACCCAUGCCCUGCUGGCUCUAUCUGAGAGAGGAGAAGGUGCCAUACAGCCGCGUGUGGCCUGAGCUGCAGGUGGAAGCCUGUCUUGUACCCUGCGACUACGUCAAGGAAAUCACCCAGCCAUACUUCACCUUUGACAUUUACCAGUUGGGCAAGCUGACCAACAACAUGUGGCUCACCUGCCCCUUGGCCUCCAUCUACAGGUGA